CCACGGCUUGCGCAGGCCCUCAGGGUGGGGCUGAGGGGAAAGGUUUCUACAGAGAGAAGCCGCCUCGUCGCCUCCAGCCAUCAUACCUAGCUGCCUUCCUUUCUUCAUCAGAAUGGAGGAGCAAGUAACACGACUGGUGGACAAGACAUGGGCGAAACUCCAAGGACUGCCACGCUCCAAGCGAUGGCUGAUCGCCGUCAGCGGCAUCCCAGGCUCUGGCAAGACAACGUUGGCGGCAAAGGUGGCGCUGGCGCUCAACGAACGCUACAAUGAAGGACAUCUUGGGCUGCACUUGGACAUUGCCACUUUCCUCCCCAUGGACGGGUAUCAUUUGACUCGGGCUCAACUGUCGGCUAUGCCAGAUCCCCAUACCGCUCAUUUCCGGCGCGGAGCUGCAUUCACCUUCGACGCGCCCGCCUUCCUCGAGCUGGUGCACAAGCUGCGAGAACCCUUGUGUCCGGAAAGUGGGACCAUCUUUGCCCCCAGCUUCGAUCACGCGGUGAAGGAUCCCGUGGCGGACGACAUCCCCAUUCCGGCGACUUCUCGCAUCAUCGUGAUGGAAGGCAACUACCUCUCUCUGGGCAAUGGCGCGCCAGAAUGGAAGGAAGCGGCGGCACUGAUGGACGAGCUUUGGUUCGUGGAGGUGGAUGAGAACGUAGCGCGGGAGCGAUUAUGGAAGCGGCACGUCGCGGCGGGUAUGGUGGCCAAUGAAGAAGAAGGCAGGAGACGAGCGGAUGAGAACGACUUGGUCAAUGGACGUGAAAUCACAGAGGGGAGGCUGAAGGUAGAUGAGGUGGUAUACUCUCGCGAAGAUGUGGCUUGGCAGGCGGAAGAGCAAGGCAUGGACAAGCCAAGAGACGAAUCGAAGGGUGCGUGAAUGAAGAGUUGCCGGUCCACCUUUGUUGACAUGCUGCUACGUAUAUGUGGAUAUCACGACUCCUUCAAUAUAAGCACAGCGAAGUUGGGAGUUGUGACCCGGUUUACAGGCAUCGUGUUCCAAGGUGACGCUGAGCCCAGACUUCGAUUCGCGCGCGUCAUGACGACGCGGAGGAGAUGGGGAGCUUGGGCCACCCAAACAAUCA